GUCCUAGGAAGAAAUCAGUGGCUGCGGGAGGUCUUCGUGGACUGGGACUCGAACCUGACCGACCCGGCAGUGCGGGGGAGAAGCCCGAGGAAGAUUGACCAAUUUUGUAAUUCUAGAAACAUGGUCCAUGGAUCAGUGACAUUCAGGGAUGUGGCCAUCGACUUCUCUCAGGAGGAGUGGGAGUGCCUGCAGCCUGAUCAGAGGACCUUGUACAGGGAUGUGAUGUUGGAGAACUACAGCCACCUGAUCUCACUGGGAAGUUCCAUUUCUAAGCCAGAUGUGAUUACAUUACUAGAGCAAGAGAAAGAGCCCUGGAUUGUUGUAAGUAAAGAAACAAGCAGAUGGUAUCCAGAUUUGGAGUCAAAAUAUGGACCUGAGAAAAUAUCUCCACAAAAUGAUAUUUUUGAAAUAAAUUUACCCAAACAUGUUAUAAAGCAAAUAAGUAAAACACUUGGCCUCGAGGCCUUUUAUUUUAGAAAUGACUCAGAAUAUAGAAGUAGAUUUGAGGGACUACAGGGACAUCAAGAAGGAUAUAUCAACCAGAAGAUCAUCAGCUAUGAAGAAAUGCCUGCUUAUACUCAUGCUUCUCUUAUUCAUAAUACACAUCAACCACAUGAAUGUAAGGAAUGUGGGAAAUACUUUAGUCGUGGUUCAAAUCUUAUUCAGCAUCUGAGUAUUCAUACUGGAGAGAAACCCUAUAAAUGCAAAGAAUGUGGGAAAGCCUUUCAACUUCACAUACAACUUACUCGACAUCAGAAAUUUCAUACUGGUGAGAAAACUUUUGAAUGUAAGGAAUGUGGAAAAGCCUUUAAUCUUCCCACCCAGCUUAAUCGCCAUAAGAACAUUCACACAGGUGAGAAACUGUUUGAAUGUAAGGAAUGUGGGAAGUCUUUUAAUCGUAGCUCAAACCUUACUCAGCAUCAAAGUAUUCAUGCUGGUGUAAAACCAUAUCAAUGUAAGGAGUGUGGGAAAGCCUUUAAUCGUGGUUCAAAUCUUAUUCAGCAUCAAAAAAUUCAUUCCAAUGAGAAACCCUUUGUAUGUAGGGAAUGUGAGAUGGCCUUUCGAUAUCAUUACCAACUCGUUGAACAUUGCCGAAUUCAUACUGGCCAGAAACCCUUUGAAUGUAAAGAAUGCAGAAAGGCCUUUACUCUUCUGACAAAGCUUGUUCGACAUCAGAAGAUUCAUAUGGGUGAGAAGCCCUUUGAAUGUAGGGAAUGCGGGAAGGCCUUUAGUCUUCUCAAUCAGCUUAAUCGCCAUAAGAACAUUCACACAGGUGAAAAACCAUUUGAAUGUAAAGAAUGUGGGAAGUCCUUUAAUCGUAGUUCAAACCUUAUUCAACACCAGAGUAUUCAUGCUGGUGUAAAACCAUAUGAAUGUAAGGAGUGUGGGAAAGGCUUUAGUCGUGGUUCAAACCUUAUUCAGCAUCAGAAAAUUCAUUCCAGUGAGAAACCCUUUGUAUGUAAGGAGUGUAGGAAGACCUUUAGAUAUCGUUACCAGCUUACUGAACAUUACCAAAUUCAUACUGGUGAGAAACCCUUUGAAUGUAAAGAAUGCGGAAAGGCCUUUAGUCUUCUGAUACAGCUUGCUCAACAUCAGAUCAUUCAUACUGGUGAGAAGCCAUUUAAAUGUAAGGAGUGUGGGAAGGCCUUUAAUCGUGGUUCAAACCUUGUUCAACCUCAGAGUAUUCAUACUGGUGAGAAACUCUAUGAAUGUAAGGAGUGUGGGAAGGCUUUUAGACUUCACCUACAACUUUCUCUGCCAAAAACUUGUACAGGUGAGAAACCGUUUGAAUAUAAGAAAUGUGGGACAGCCUUCAGACAUCAGUAGCAACUUAUUGAACAUCAGAAAAUUCAUACUUGGGUGAAAACCUUUGAAUGUAAGGAAUGUGGGAAGGCCUUUCAAUAUCAUUACCAAUUUCGUGGACAUUAUAGAUUUCAUAUUCGUGAAAACCCUUAUGAAUGUCAAGGAUGUGGGAAAUGCUUUACCAGUGGUAGAAACCUUAGAGUACAUCAGAGAAUUCAUACUGGUGAGAAACCAUAUCAAUGUGAAGAAUGUGGGAAAGCCUUCAGUCAUAGUUCAACUGUUAAACAUGUUAAAAUUCAUACUGAUGAGAAGCCCUAUGAAUGUAAGGAAUGUGAAAAGGCCUUUAGAAGUAAUUAUGAACUUAUUGUACAUCUGAGAAUCCAUACUGCUGAGAAACCCUGUGAGUGUAAAGAAUGGAAAACUUUUGGAUUUAGCUUAGUCUUUACUGCACAUCAAAGAAUUCAUACUGAUGAACCGUAUGAAUGUAAAGAAUGUGGAAAGGCCUUUACUUAUAGCUCGAGCCUUGUUCAACAUGUUAAAAUUCAUACUGGUGAGCAACCCUGUGAAUGUAAAGGAUGUGGGAAGACCUUUAGACUUAGUUCAGUCCUUUCUGCACAUCACAAAAUUCAUACUGGCAUGAAACCCUAUGAAUGUAAAGAAUGUGAGCAAACCCUUACUGUGAUUGAUCUGCUUACUCAACAUCAGAAAAUUAUUAUAGUUAGAAGUUUUAUGAAUAUAAGCAGUGUAGACAAGCCUUCACUGUGUAUGAAAAAUUUGCUCAACACCAGAGAAUUCAUAUUGAUGAGAAAUCCUGUGAACAUAAAAGAAUGUGUGAAGAACUUUCAUCAUGGCCUGGGAUUUGCUCAACAUCAGAGUAUUCAUACUGCUGAGAACUCCUUUGAGUGUAAGGAAUGUGGGAUGUUUUAUAGCCACACUAAAUGCCUUAGAGUUCAGAGAAGAUAAUUUUGGUGAGAAAGUUAUUGAUGUGAGGAAUGUAGAGUAGCUGCCAUGUUCACAGUUUACUACCCAUGAAAUAUUUCACUGGAUACAGGCAUACCUCGCUUAAUUGUGCAUUGCAGUUACUGCAUUUUAUACACAUUGAAGGUUUGCAGCAACCUUGCAGUGAAUAAGUCUAUGAGCACCAUUUUCCAAACAGCAUGUGCACAUUUCAUGUCUUUGUGUCACACUUUGCUAGUUUUCAUAAUAUUUCAAACUUUUUCAUUGUUAAAUCUGUUAUGGUGAUCUGUGACCAGUGUUUUUUGAUGUUACUAGUCUAAUUGUUUGGGGAUACCACAAAUCCUGCCCAUAAAAGAUGGUGAACCUAGUUGAUAAUUGUUGCAGGUUUUGAAAGAAUAGUAAAAUAUACACCCAUAUCCCCCCCACCUUGAUUCAAAAUUGUUAACAAUUUGCCACAUUUAUUUUUUGUAUAUUUGUUGUACCAUUGAGAAUAAGUUUUAGACCAUUGAGAAUAAGUUUUAGACAUCAUGACACUUUACCCCUUGUUACAUCAGCAUGUGUAUUACCCAAACAUAAAGACAAUAUCAUAUAACCAUAGUACCAUAAUUACCCUUAAGGAAAAUAUUCAUAAUUCUGUAUAUCAUUCCAUCUUCAGAUUUCUUCAUUGGCCUGCAAACCAUCUUUUACAGCUAUUCAUUUUCUCUUUUUUUUUUUUUUUUUUUGAGAUGGAGUCUCGCUCUGUUGCCCAGGCUGGAGUGCAGUGAUGUGAUCUGGGCUCACUGCAAGUUCCGCCUCCCGGGUUCACGCCAUUCUCCCACCUCAGCCUCCCGAGUAGCUGGGACUAAAGCACCCGCCACCACGCCCGGCUAAUAUUUUGUAUUUUUAGUAAAGACAGGGUUUCACUGUGUUAGCCAGGAUGGUCUCGAUCUCCUGACCUCAUGAUCUACCCGCCUUGGCCUCCCAAAGUGCUGGGAUUACAGGCGUGAGCCAUCACGCGUGGCCUACAGCUAUUCAUUUUCUAAGGAGUAUCCAUUGCAGAUUCUGCAUUGCAUUUGGCUAUCUCUCUUUAGUGUAUUGUAGCAUGGAAACCCCAUGAAGGUAUGCUCUCAAAUUAUGGUGGGUAUCAGAAUCACCUGUGGAACUUGGUAAACCUACAGAAGUAUAGCCCUAGCUUAUAAGCCUGGGCCUCUGUUUUUUAUUAUUUCUCCAGGUUUUGUGUCUGUGAUACCAACCAGAGUUAGAGAGCCACUGGUCUAGAAAAUUUCUCAUUUUAAAAAAAUGACAUUGGAGUAGCUCAGAAAUGUUGUCGGCUAUAUGUUUAGAUUUCUUUCUUUAUAGUGUCAUUUAGCCUUGUUCUUGGUUGUAUUUUCUGUACAAGGGAAUGUAAGUCCAGAGGCUUUCUUAAGUCUAGAUUAAACGUUUGGGGAAGAAUACUUUGUAGGUUAUUUGUAUGUCAUAUUGUACUGUCAGAAAACAUUUAAGUACAGGUCCUUGCAUUAGUGAAACUAAGGAUGAUCAUUUGGGUAAGCUGGUAACUGCCAUAAGUUCAUUGUAAAGAUUUAGUUUGUAGUGGGUAAGUAAUCUAUGGAGAGACAUUGUCAUCUCUGAAAAUUUAUAGUCAUGUGUAUUUAAGCCCUGGAUUGAAUACAAAAUGAAAACUGAAAUAGACUAUUGAGAAAUGAAUGCCAUUAAAGUGUCAACAUAAUUCAACUUGUGUGAUAUGGCUGACACUAUACUCAGUACAAAACUGGCACCCUUCGGAUUAUGUAGGGAGCCAAGAUUGUCUGGAACCUUUUUUUUUGUUCAGCAUUUAUCACCAGCACCUAUACCAUGGCUGGUACAUGAGCUGUUGAUAAACUUUGAAAAAAAAUUAACCCUUUAAAUCAAGCUGUAAAACAUGAUACCAUUAGGCCAGGAGCAGUGACUCACACCUGUAAUCCCAGCACUUUGGGAGGCCAAGGUGGGCAGAUCACCUGAGGUCAGGAGUUCGAGACCAACCUGGCCAACAUGGUGAAACUCCAUCUCCUAAAAAUAAAAAAAUUAGCUGGACGUGGUGGCGCAUGCCUGUAAUCCCAGCUACUUGGGAGGCUGAGGCAGGAGAAUCACUCGAACUUGGAAGGUGGAGGUUGCAGUGAGCCGAGAUUGCACCACUGCACUCCAGCCUGGGUGACAGAGUGAGACUUCAUCUCAAAAAAACCCCAAAACAAAACAUGAGACCAAUGUGGCAUCAUGAAUUAGAUUUUUUGUUUUACGAUUAAGAAUAAUGCUUUGUGAUUUUAUCCCAUUAUGUUAAAAAAUCUAUGAAGUGAUAAUUUAUAUUGAUAGCUAUCUUCUUUUUAUGAAUAUACCCUGGCCAGGUGAUUAUUCUUUCGAUAGACUACUUAAUUCUAUCUUUUACCAUUUAAUUGCUUCUAUAAUCAUAAGUAAAGUUAUAAUUUUCCAAGUAUUUUUUAGGUAUUGAUAUUGCAAUGAUGUUAUAUAACUUAUAAAACAAGAUUAUAUAAAACUUGGCUUUCAAAUCUUA